UUUGUAGAAGUUGCAGCGACUGUGACAUCGAACAUCGAAUUAGUGGGCGAUCCUGGAUGUGAUUUAAAUCUCGAUUUUGAUUUGAAUGGUGUGAAAGAGGAAGUGAAGUGCGAAGAAGAGAAGCCAGAGAAAUAUUCCACAGCGGAUUCAGGCUCAAAGGCAGACAAACCAAAUGCCCAUGCUGGUCAAAGUGGUAACUCAACGGUAAAAUCAAAAGGCAAUCGCAAUGGACUCAAUUCAAGCGUAAAGAAAAUGAAACGGGAUGGAUUAAGAAAACAGAACAAACAAAAGAUUCCGAGGAAUAAGGCGGCGAAGAAACGAAAGGAGCACAAGUGUCAUGUUUGCGGUUAUGUUGCAUCACAGAAAUAUCAUCUCGCCAUACACAUUCGUAUUCACACAGGCGACAAACCCUACACAUGCGAUGUCUGUUCGGGAAGUUUCACCCAAAAAAGCGUUUUGAAUCGACACAAGAAAAUCCAUAGCGGAGAAAAAACAUUCGUAUGUUCAGUUUGUUCAAAAUCUUUUGCACAAAAAUUCACUUUGAAUUGUCACUUGCGGACGCACAAUGAUGAGCUUCCCCAUUCUUGCCUGAAAUGUGGACAACGAUUUGCCACCGAUGAGGCCAAAAAAUCGCAUGAAAAGCGCUGCAAACGACGUCGAUACGAAUGUUAUCUCUGCGAAUACAGAAGUUUCGUCAAGUUCAAUCUGAGAAGCCAUAUGCAAGCAAAACACGCCGGCGAACAUCAAUUUCAAUGUGGAAUAUGUGGAAGAGGAUUCAUCCAUAAAGGUCAUCUUAAUAAACAUUUGGCCACCCAUAGUGAUCAGUUCCCAUUCGGUUGUACCAAGUGUCGCCGAGGAUUCACACAAGCAGAGAAUAAAACAACUCAUGAAACGAUCUGCGACCGACGUCAAUAUCAGUGUUACAUGUGUGAAUAUAUCACGCUUUAUCAGACCAACCAACGGAGCCACAUGCGAGUUCAUCACACAGGUGAAAAGCCGUUUCAGUGCAAGUGGUGCGAGGCACGUUUUUCACAGAAGUUCAGUGCCAAUGAUCAUAUGGAAAAGCAUCAUAUUUCAAAGAAAUGAGGAGGUCUCACCGUCUACUAUGGUCUUCUUCAUGUACAAUCACUCGAAUUAAACACUAUUUCAUAUAGAAAAGAACAAAUGUCAAACUUCUGCCUUUAUUGUGUGGUCAAUUCAGAUUAUAAUGCUGAGAGAUACAACGAAUUUAAUUGCAAAUUAAUAGAAUCCUCAUAUUUUCAUCACGUUUAGAAAAAUGUCAUUGAAUUGAAUAAAAUUUUGAGAUUGACAUCAUUAGACACAAUCCAUCUUCACGUCAAUGUGUAAU